AUGUCAACCAAUGCCCGCGCUGAUGAACCUCUGUUUGGAGAAGAGCCAGACCCUGAACUCGAGCCCGAGCAAAUUGUCGUACGCCAGGAUGCACUUGUCAAGAAAAGCACCUGGAAGUGGCCCCAGUUUCUCCACAAGUUGUCGCUCCACGGUCUCUUCAAGGACUCUCAGUCUAGCUUCGUAUCGGAGCCUGACAGGGAUGCUAUUCACGGACACGAGGAUGUCUCCCUUGCUCCAGGAAUGCUUCGCCUACCUGUAGAGGUCCGUAACCAGAUCUACGGUCAUCUCUUCGACAAGCGUCUCGUCAUCAUCAGGCGCCAUGACGAUUUGCCCUGCCGCGACGGAAGCCCUCUUCUUGAUGCUAUCACCGAGCAUCGUGAGCCCGAACGCCCCAAGGCUACCAGGUCCAUCAGAAUCGUUAUGUCGUCCAUCAAGAAGACGACCAGAAACGUCUGCCGUAAGGUCAUCCACGGAGGUCUCUCGUACGAUCGUAUCCCCGGUCGUAAGCCUCAGCCCAUAGAGGGUGUGGACUGGGAAACUUCUCUCAACAGUCUGCUGCUCACCUGCAGGACCAUCUACCACGAGACUGCUCCCAUUCUCUACGGUAACACUGUCUUCUACUUCGACGAUGCACAACGUCUGAGAAGCUUUCUUAAAGCCGUCUCCAACAGAAACCUUGCUUGCAUCACCAGACUGCACGUCCACGUACGUACCUACGGUAUUCCUAACGAGGCUGAGAACAACCGUUGGGAGCAGAAGCACAUUAAGUGCUGGACCAAGAUCUUCGCAACCAUUGCGAAGAAGAUGACCAAUCUUCGCGUUCUGAGGGUGGCUUUGACUGUCAGGUGCGUCACCGAUGCCCUGAAGUACGCCUUCAGACCCACCAGAAAUAAUACAGACUGGAAGGAACGCGCCAGCUACAUGCUCAUGCUCCGCGAUCUCUCAGACUCGACCAAGCUGGAGGACUUCACCGUGUCGAUCAGGGCCACAGACGACUUCAUGCAGCAGUACGACCACAUGUCUGCUAGCAUGCUGUACGCAUCCUUUGCACUCGCCAACAUCUAUCCUCUCGAUUGGCUUGAGGCUAAAGUCAAGGCUCUUCAUCGCAGUCUCUUCAAGCGUAUGCACGAUGGACUUGAGAAGGCCAUGCUUGACGUCGCCCGUGGCAAGGACCUUGAGGAGUCGUUCGCCGCUGUUGCUGUGGCUACCACAGAGUACAUCGCCUACUGUAUGGACUCUAUUGGUGACAUGCUGAUAAGAGACCGCGAGUCCAGAGUUUAA